UUUAAUUGUGAUAUCAAAAGGAAAAUUCCAUUGUAGAAGCUUUAAAGUAAUUGAAGAAGAAUUUAAAAAGUUAUUAAAUAUAUAAAUAAUAAUUUUUAUUGUUUUUGUGUGAGAUGUGAUAGAUUGGAGCAAAUUUAUAUUUAACAGUUAUCGUAUCAACGCUCGUGUUCAGGUGAAGCGUAUCAAAUUGAAUAGAAUAGGUUUGCAAACAACCGCGAUAAUUAUUGAAAUAUAUUUCUUCAGAUUGCUCUAGAGAACUCGAUCCACUGUAUCACACGUAUUGAUUCGCCAAUCUUUUUUAAUUAAUAUCUCAAUUGUCAUCAAGUUAUUUGCGAACUGCUAGAAUACUUUUUUGUCAAGUUUGAUGAACUCCACUUACGCAUAAGUGUUGACACGUCUUGUAUCAGACAUCUUAUACAUUAGAAAGAGGUAUACUUCUUUGCUCCUUUCUCUCUCUUUCAAAAUUUGUCGUCUUAGAUACGUGACUAUAGUGACUAUAGUGCCUAUUGGCAAAAUCCGACCCUGAUUGAAAGCCAUAUUUUGUGAAGACUGUGGAAUACGGAUAGUUGAUAUCAUUCUUUGUAAACGACUGCGACAGUUCAAAAACGAUUUGGAGACUGCAAAAAUUGUUUAGUAUUCGUCAAGGCUGAAAUUACGUCAAGGCUGAAAUUACGUCGAAACGAAGAGUAUUGAUGAUAACGCAUUAAAGAAUAGAUAAGAUUACGUAUGAGCGGUGAUUGCAGACAAAUGUGAUUAUAAUCGACAUUUCCCGCGAAAAAAGAAACUUUUAAGCGAGAAAGAUAAGAAUGAUUUGUUAGGACUAACUAAUCUUGAAUAUCUGUCGAGAUCGAAAGCGACGCUUCGUGGAGUUCGCUGUUUUUUCCCUUCAUACUAUUACACUUGAUUAGUUUUUACUCAGCAUUUAUCCUUUUUUUCUCACGCUACGUAAGAACUAUUAGUUUAUCCGUCAUUGAUUGCAUAUAUGGUUGCAUAGCAAAUAUAUUGUAAUCUUAAUGGUAGUGGGUUUUACAAUUGAACUAUUACUUAACGCUGUUAGAACACCAUGUUAUAAGAAUAUUAAUAGGGAAUCAGUGUUGUAUGAUCGACAUUGCUACACCGAAAAUCGAAAUGGGGAGUUGUAAUCUGUGAGCUGAGAUGUUGGAGAGUCGCGGUGCGUCGUUGAAAGAUUCCUUUCGCUAAAUUCGAUUUUGUCGACAAGAAAAAAUUCUGUGAUAAGUUGACUAAUUCUCUCGUAUUUGGACGUUAAAUGGACAUUCACCGAGGCCUUAGUUGUAUGUGACCCCGUUUACGGUGUUUCAUUGUAGUUUAUUAUAAUUUUAUUAUAAUUACUACAUAUUGCGCGAUAUAUAAUAAAAUUAUAAUUAAUAUGUACGGUUUGAUAAUGCUUUAUGACCUUUCUUAUUAGUCAGCGUCUUAUAAAUAAAAAUAGCUUGUGAGGGAACGGCUACGUUGCUUGAAGACAUGAUGAAGAUAUGAUCACGAAGACAUAAUCAUGAAGACGUUGGAAGAUCGCUGAACUGAAGAGGGAUACACACAUACAAAUGCGAAAAGUGAAAUAUGAUGCAAGAUAUUGAGAAUCUAUGAUAAUUAAUUGCUAACUUACACCAGGCAGUAUCUUUCUUUAUUACACACUGAGGAAAAUAGCUGUUGGUUCGAUAAAAUUGACGAUUAUUCUCAUUAAAAAAAAUAUUGUGUCCGCUGAACAAAUUAUACAGAUGCUAUAAUGAGUUAUCAAUUAAUUGGACGAUUGUGAUUUAGUCAUCAACGUUGCGUUAUUGCAACAAUACGUUGCGUUGAGUUACUGAUCAAAUUGCAAUCGUCGAAUCAAUUGAUAACUUAUCACAGCAUCUUUAUGACUUAUUCAGUGGAGAUAAACGUUGUGUUUGAAAAAAUUUAGUUUGUUUAAGCAAAAUUUCGAUCAUUUUUCUCAGAGCAAUUACACGAUUAUUAUGGAUUCUCGUAUCUCAAUAUCACAAACUGAUUUUAUUUUCGAUAUUGACCUACACUUUUACGGAUUCAUUGAAUCUUUUUAAGCAAAAUGUUUAAGAAUUUUCUAAGCUUGCUAAACGCGUCCUAUUUUUCUGCAAACUCUAUCAAGACUAACAGUUAUCAGUCACGUUACUUCUCUUAAGUCUGAGUGAUUUUUCUUUUUUCUCAUUUAUCUUUUUUGAAUGGAAUUCAUCCACGUAUGGAAGGCAAAAAGUGAGUCGAAGACAAGAGCCGUUCCGCGAAAAUAUUACAUCGCGAAGAUCACGAGUGGAUUGAAUUCUUGCCGAUUGGCCACGUCGAGUACACAUUAAUCAUGCUACGAAAUUUGCUUUCAGGUCGAACAGAGCGGUCGCAGCCGAGAAGUAUGCUCACACACAUUUUUCGGAAGCCGUAUCCCUGUUCGAAGUGCAACAGAUCCUACACUAACAAGAGCACCUUGAACCGUCACCUGCGCGAAGAAUGCGGCAAGUUGCCGCAGUACAUGUGCCGCUACUGUCACAAGGCGUUCCAUCAGCGAUCUAACUUCCAGCGACACGUGUGGACGGAUGGCGGCUCGGCGAUGCGGGAAAACGUGGCAGCGCAAUCAGCUCCCACCAGUGUGACGCCUGCGGCAAGAUCUACUCGUGGAGGUCGUCUUAUCAGCGGCACCUGCGCGAGGAGUGCGGCAAAGAGCCGAAGGCCACGUGCCGGUACUGUGGAAAGCAGUAUCGCUGGCGUGACUCUCUCAACAAACACCUGAAGAACGAGUGCGGUCGCGUAAAGCGCGCGGCUGCGUUGCUGCGUACGCAGCAGGACGUCCCGUCGGACGUGCAGGACGCAUUUCCGGAGGAAAUGUUG